AUGUUGAGAACAGUAUCGAAAAUGAUCGGCAAAGGACAACAGUACAUUCCACAGAGAUUUCUCCCAAUUCCUCAUUCGACAAUGAGUGAGAACAGCUUCCUCUUCACUUCAGAAUCCGUCGGUGAAGGACACCCAGACAAGAUCUGCGACCAGAUCUCAGACGCCAUCCUCGAUGCCCACCUCGAACAGGAUCCCCGUGCCAAGGUCGCUUGCGAGACUUUCGCCAAGACUGGUUACAUCAUGGUCGGUGGUGAGAUCAACUCCAACGCCAAUGUCAACUACCAAAAAGUCAUCCGCGAGACCAUCAAGCGAAUUGGCUACGAUUCCGAUGAAAAGGGAUUGAACUACUUCACCUGCGCUGUCCAGAACGGCCUGGAGCAACAGUCGCCCGAUAUUGCCCAGGGAGUCCACGAGAACCGAUCCGAUGAAGACGUCGGAGCCGGUGAUCAAGGACUGAUGUUCGGAUACGCCACCGACGAAACUGAAGAGAAGAUGCCUCUCACUCUCAUGCUCGCCCACAAGCUCAACAUCCGAAUGGCCGAACUCCGAAGAUCUGGUGAAGAGAAAUGGAUUCGACCAGACUCAAAGACCCAGGUCACCAUUGAGCACAAGAUCAUCGGAGGAGCUGUCGUCCCCAUCCGAGUCCACACAAUCGUCAUCUCCGUCCAGCACGCCGACUACAUCACCAAUGAAGAGAUGCGAGCCAUCCUCAAAGAAAAGGUUGUAAACCAAGUCGUCCCCGCCAAGAUGCUCGACGAGAACACAAUCUACCACAUCCAGCCCUCCGGCCGCUUCGUCAUCGGUGGCCCACAGUCCGACGCUGGUCUCACCGGCCGUAAGAUCAUUGUUGACACUUACGGCGGCUGGGGAGCCCACGGUGGUGGCGCCUUCUCCGGCAAGGACUACACCAAGGUCGACAGAUCUGCUGCCUACGCCGCCAGAUGGGUUGCCAAAUCCCUCGUCAGCGCUGGUCUCUGCCGACGAGUCCUCGUUCAGGUCUCCUACGCCAUCGGUGUUUCACAUCCUCUUUCUCUUCAUGUUGAAACCUACGGCUCCGGACGAAUCCCAGAUUCCCUGAUCAAGUCGGUCAUCGAAGAUAACUUCGACCUCCGACCCGGCCGCAUCGUCAAAGACCUCCAGCUGGACAAGCCUAUCUACUCCAAGACCGCCAGCUUCGGUCACUUCGGCCGCAAGGGAUUCACCUGGGAAGAGCCCAAGACCCUCGACUUCAACGAUAACGUCAAGGCUGCCUUGGCCGCCGCCCCCGGCAACUAA